AUGUGUUACGCAUUGCCAAAGCUUCUCAUGUUCUUCUUUGUUUUCGCCGCCUUUUCUUUGGCCUCUAUUUCAUCAUCUUCUCCUCCACCUUCUGAUCACUUCUAUUAUUCAGUUUCGUUGCCUUCCCCACCUUCUGAUCACGUCUUUUAUUCUGAUCAUUGUGAUUCAAUCGUUCCCCAGUCAAUGCAAAGUAGAUAUGUAGGCUCUCGAAUUCUCAAGCGCCAUACAGGUUACUACACUGGUGGAAGUGGCAUUCUUAGUCAAAACUCAUCAUUUCAGCCUUAUCACGAGUCCGAAUACUGGAUUGAGUUCACCCCCUGGAGUGUUCAAAGAACCUACGUACCAGGCUUGUUCAAGAUUGAUGGAAGUCUUCGAUUUCAAAGAGGCAGUGCGUUUUGCUAUGUGGGAAAUGUCACAACUCACCGUCGACCAAGUUCGGUAAGCUUUAAACUAAGUGGGUUCUGGUCCGAAUCUUCUGGGAAGAUUUGCAUGGUUGGAUCAAGUUCUAAUUACUUGGGACAUGGUCGUUGUCUUUAUUAUCCUGCUGUUCUUAAGCUCUAUAAUGUCACUAGUGUUACUAGUUUAAUUACUGGAACCUUAGAGAGCUCGAUGAGUUCUGAGAGUGAUCCAAGGUACUUCAGAACAGUCUCUAUUUUGAUGACACCUCGUAUAAAUUACGAGUACCCUUUGGUUUCAAAUAAAUGCAAUAACAGUUGUUCUGCAGGAAGUGAUUUUCCCUCAAGUUCAUUUCCAUUGGCCACAUUUUGUUCAGUACUUUCAACUAUAAAGGGGCAUGAGUUUGAUCUCAAAUAUUCAAGCCAUUGCCUUUCUACAAAGAACUGCACUCCAUUUGCAGCUUCUGAGUUGCCUCACGUUGUGUCGUUGAAGGCUAUUGAGUGUUCAGAGAACACACAAAGGUUGAAAGUUGAAGUGGAAUAUGCACAAAGUAAAAAUUCCUGGUAUCGGAGGUCUUUUUAUCCCGAUAGAAUAUUGCUUGGGGAAGGGUCAUGGGAUGCAAAGAACAAUCAGCUAUAUGUUGUUGCUUGUCGAGUCUUAAACGCAACAAAUUCUAUUAGUAAUAGUACUCAUGUGGGUGAUUGUUCAAUAAGGUUGAGCUUGAGAUUUCCUGAAAUAUGGACAAUCGGAAAGACUAGUAGCAUCGUGGGGCAAAUUUGGAGCAGCAAAAACGUGACAGCGUCGGGUUACUUUGAAAGCAUCACUUUUGAAAGCCCUCAGAAUUAUAUGGUAAGGUUUCCACAUCCAGAUUUGAAAUAUGAAUAUACUAAAAUUGACAAGCUAAUCAAGUUAUGCCCGAGAAACAAGGCUGCUCAUCGCAAUACCUACAAACAUCUCAAAGCAUUUUCUCCCGAAAUGAGAUUUGGCAUGCAAGUAAAAAAUUCUAAAAGGGAAGUAGCAUGGGGCACCGCUGUCCCUCUCUUCGGUGCGGACAGCUUCUACCACUAUCGUUAUCUGUACUUACAGGCUGCAAGCAGUGGAGACUUUGCACCUCCUGUGAGCUACAGCUACCACAGCAUCCCUGUCAAUAUCAGCUACCAAAUAACCAUCAAUUUCAAUCAGUUGGGAAAGAUAUUUCAAACUGCAAAAAUCUUCGAACUCAAAUGA